CUGGAGAAAAAUUCUUUUCUGACCCCAGAUAGGGAUCAGCUCAGCUUAUGCUCCAAAGAAUAGAGAUUAAUAUCCCCUGUGACCUUUUAGCCUGGCUGCUGCAAGGUUUUAACGAGUGGGCUUAAGACCCCAUGUGUGGCAGCUAUGCCAACAUGAAUGUCUGUAAUGUCUCUUCUUGUCAAUGAUCCGUGAACUAAGGAAUCUCCAAGGAUAUCUUGACGUGCAGUGGAGCUGUUACGGUCUAGUGCAGGAAAGAAGCACGCAAUGAUAGAAUGAAAAGCUGGUGUCACAAGUAAUGUGUAAGCUGUUGUAAAUGUACUUGACAACAGUUGUCCCUGGCUGCAUAUUUACUUAAAAAAUGUGGCUAUGAUAUGGUAGGAAAACCAAAUAUUGAAACAAAACCUCAAGUAACAAACAAUGAAAUGCACUAUUUAGGAUUUCUGUAUUUCUGGUUCCUUGGAUGUUUCUGGUGUUGUAUGAACUCUAUAAUAUAAUGUAGAACAGAUAAUAAAAAAUGAGUACAUGACAUGAAAAAGCCCCCACCUACCUCUAGCUACUUCUUCCUCCCCACCCCUGACGCGUAGGAUGUCCAGAAAACAACUCAUAAGGGAAUUCCUUCCUAAAACUAAUUUUUUCCUUAAUUUUGGACAUAUUUGUUUUGAUUUGCUUCGGUUAUUCUGAAGUCAUGUUACCAUCACUGGUGUGGAUAAGAGGUUUGUAUUUUGUUUAAACCAUUCUUAGCUAUUACUUUAAAAUAGCCAUACUUUUUUUCAGUAGAAUCUCAGAGAACUGCCCAGGAUCCCAGAGAAGCACUGAUUUAGGACUGAGGUCUACAGCUGCUGUUUCAAACAUGGCUCAGCUCCCUUGUGAAACCACUCUCCUGAAGUGGGCAUGUGUUUGCGUGGCUCCUAUGCCUUGCCUCCUGCCCAUGGAUUGGCCCAGCUUCCAUCAGAUACAGAGACAAGGAGGUUGUGUUCUCUGCUGAGCAGGGGACUCUUCUGGAAUCAAGGCGACUUCGAUGCGAGUGUCACCCUUCUUAAGGCAAAAGGAAGUUAAACACGCCCAUAGGGUGGAAACUAGCUGUACCAAAGAGACACAAGAGGUUGUAAAAGGUUUAUAUCUGGGUCAAUGUCAGGGACCCCACCUGUCCUGAGUCAGAGACCAAGGGAAAAGAACUGAUGCUCUUUUUGUGUGAUUUCUGAGUGAAGAUGAACCUGGCGGAGAUUUGUGAUAAUGCCAAAAAAGGAAGAGAAUAUGCACUCCUUGGGAAUUAUGACUCUUCUAUGGUAUAUUACCAGGGUGUCAUCCAGCAAAUCCAAAGACAUUGCCAGUCAAUCAGAGAUCCAGCAAUUAAGGGCAAAUGGCAACAGGUCCGACAAGAAUUAGUUGAAGAAUAUGAACAAGUUAAGGGCAUUGUCAACACCUUAGAGAGUUUUAAAAUGGACAGACCUCCAGACAUCUCUGUAUCCUGUCAAGAUGAGCCUUUUAGAGAUCCAGCUGUUUGGCCUCCUCCUGUUCCAGCUGAACACAGGGCUCCACCUCAGAUAAAACGUCCCAACCGAGAAGGAAAGUCUUUGAGGAAGGACUCCCCAGGACUGCAGCCACGUGGGCCCGCAGGCAGAGCACAUGUGGUAUCCAAGGGGGAGAAGUCUGCAGGCAGCCGUGAAAGGGAAUCCAGAGCUAGAGGAAGAGACGACAAGGGAAAGAAAAUAUCCCAGGAAUUUGGUGAUGGGGAAAUUCCAAAAUUUGAUGGAGCAGGUUAUGACAAAGACCUGAUCGAAGCUCUUGAAAGAGACAUUGUAUCAAGGAAUCCAAGCAUUCAUUGGGAUGACAUAGCAGAUUUGGAAGAAGCCAAGAAAUUGUUAAGAGAAGCUGUUGUUCUUCCAAUGUGGAUGCCUGAUUUUUUCAAAGGGAUCAGAAGACCUUGGAAGGGUGUGCUGAUGGUUGGUCCUCCUGGCACUGGCAAAACAAUGCUAGCAAAAGCUGUUGCUACAGAAUGUGGAACGACAUUCUUCAAUGUGUCUUCCUCUACACUGACAUCUAAAUACAGAGGCGAGUCUGAGAAGCUGGUCCGCCUCUUGUUUGAAAUGGCACGGUUUUAUGCUCCAACAACAAUCUUCAUUGAUGAGAUAGAUUCCAUCUGCAGCCGCAGAGGCACGUCCGACGAACACGAGGCCAGUCGCAGAGUCAAGUCAGAGCUGCUUGUGCAAAUGGACGGGGUAGGUGGUGCUCUGGAAAAUGAUGACCCUUCCAAGAUGGUUAUGGUAUUAUCUGCUACAAAUUUUCCCUGGGAUAUCGACGAAGCUCUCCGACGGAGACUGGAGAAGAGGAUUUAUAUACCUUUGCCCACAGCAAAAGGCAGAGCAGAACUACUUAAGAUUAAUCUUCGGGAAGUAGAACUGGAUCCUGAUAUCAGCCUUGAAGAAAUUGCUGAGAAAAUUGAAGGCUAUUCUGGUGCUGACAUCACUAAUGUUUGCAGGGAUGCAUCUUUAAUGGCAAUGAGACGACGUAUUAAUGGCUUGACUCCAGAAGAGAUUCGUGCACUUUCUAAAGAGGAGCUUCAGAUGCCGGUAACCAAGGGGGACUUUGAGCUGGCUCUGAAGAAAAUCUCCAAAUCUGUUUCUGCUGCAGACCUGGAGAAGUAUGAGAAAUGGAUGGCGGAGUUUGGAUCUGCUUAAUCUCAGUGACAGUUUUCCUUUGCUGGAGUUUUAUGGCUUUUGUUGUUCUCACUAAAUGAGUUAGAAAUCUUUUUAAAGGUUUAAUAAAAGGUCUGCCUCUGCCCUCAUCCCACCCCCUUCUGGUGACAGGAUCUUUUAAACUAUUUGCCUUUAAAGGGAAUGAAUACAAUAAUGAGCUGAUAUUGUAAAAUACAUUUUAUCUCUAAAAUAGUUAAAUAAGACAAACAGGAAGGGAAAAAUUAUACUUGUGAGGGUAAUCUUUUGAUUUUUCAAAUGAGGAUUAGUGUUACUUAACUUCCUCAUAGUCAUCUUUCAUGGCGGGAAUCAAUAAAUCACCUGGGGGAUGUGACUCCAGACAAACAAAAAAGGGCUCGCUGUACCCCCUGCUCUUAAGUGCUACAUUGUUGUUGAGCUGCUUCUGCCUCCCUUGAAUGUGGCAUCCAAGUUACUAUUCUCUCCUUCUGUGCUUGGAUAUUCAGAGCAAAGCCUGUGGAUUAAUUGGUAUUACACAGAGGAAAUGAGGAUAAGUUUUCCAUCAAGACAUGGGCUUGACUCUCCUCUGUUGUACACCCGUUUGGAACUGAUGUCACUUCAAACUGUAUUGGUUUUACCUGUGAUGACUUCUGGUGGAAAUAAGAGGAAAAGAAAAAGGCAUUGAUUGCUCUCAGUCCGGUUUAUACUUGAUCUCUGAACACAGUUUGAACCUGUUUGACCAGUAGACACUUUGAAGUUUGACCAGUGGGCACUUUGACUUAGGUUAUAACUUGCACUUCCAUGCUUGUAUAUUAUUCUAUGCUUUGUCUGUGUUAUCUAAAUGUGAAUGUUAUUAUUAUUAUUUUAAUACUAAGAGUUUAAUACAGUAAAGACACUAAUUUCAAGGCUGUAUUUAAAACUCGACUAUCCUUAAAACACGUGGCUGUGAAUUUCCACUUCUGAUUAGGUAUGAACUCUUUCCUACCUUUACCAGGCAAUGGAACUUUUACCUAUUUAUGUUGUAGAACUGUUCAUGCUUUAAUUUUUUUAAUGAAGAUUUUUAAAAAAUGUAUAAAUAUUACUGAUCUAGUAAUAUUUAGAAAAUAAUCUGUACGAUCUCAUUUAUGUUUUUGUCUGUUUUUUCCCUUCCCUCAUACAAGUGCAGGGAUUAGAAGAGUUGAGUUAUAAAUUCUAGCAUGAGAAAUUGUCUCUAGAGUCCUGUUACACUGACUUAUAAGAGCUUUUCACAGACUCAGACUGCAAGUCUGACAUAUGAAGGUUUCCUGUGGUAGGAAUGUGAAGGAGUGGUCAAACGACCAAAUUUACGGAGAAAUAUGCAAGCUCUCAAAUUUUUGGUGAAUUUGUGAGGUAGGCCUGAAGCAUCUUGGUGGAUGUGAAUUGCUGUGCAGUUUGGUAGGUAUUCUGCCCUUCAGCUCUCUGCUGAGACUCCUAGUGGCAUAGACAGAUGUGACAAACUGGAGUAAGAAACAGAUAGCACCUCCUCUUGAAUGGGAGUAUAUCUUUAUUUGCGCCUUUUUGCUAGUUCUUGGAAGUUCCCAAUAAUAUCAUAUACUCAGCACACUGGUCUCUUGGGUGAUGACAUGUAAACCACUAAGGCAAAAGCCUUAGAUUAAAUACUUACCUAUUUUGCUCAGGGAAGUGGUGGAAUCACCAUCCCUGGAAGUGUUUAAAAAACCUGUAGAUGUGGCACUUGGGGACAUGGUUUAGUGGUGAGCACGUCAGUGCUGGGUUAACGGUUGGACUCAAUGAUCUUAAAGGUCUUUUCCAACCUUUAUGAUUCUAUGAUUCCUCCCAAGGAAUAACUGGACCUUUAUAGAGAGAAAGCUUUGAAAGCAUUGAUGUUGUCUGUCAUUUCUUCCUUACUGAAGCUGUAGACUGAAGCAAUUACUCUUUGUUUGUUUGUUUUACUGCAGUAGAAAUUAGUAAAGCUACACAAAUCUUCUGUGGCCAAAGCCAGAUUAGCACUACAGGGUCUCUCACUAGAGAGGCCAUUGCUGCCCAAGGAGUUUAGUCCACACAAUCAAGAUGUGGAAGGGAAUAGACAUGAAUGCCAGUAACCAACCCUAUUCAGCUGCCCAGGAGCAGUGCUGGGAUUCAGCAGUUGCUGCUUAGUAGGGUCUAAAUACAGGUUUGCUCAGUUUCCCAUUGCAAGCAGCAGUGACCUUCCUACUGAUGAAAGCACAGCCCCUGGGAAAAAUGUUGGUCUUUAGCUUUUUGAUGAACCUUCUACCUUAAGGCAUUAAACUUCCCUCUUGGCUGUUAAGCAAAAUUCACUGUACUGGGCAUUCCCUUUAGUAGGAAUUAUUCAGGUGCUGCAGUCUUUUUCUCUAAAGGUCUUGGUUUCUACCCCAGAUAUGUUUUUACUUAACGGGUCCAUUCAUCUUUUAGAGCUGCUGAACAGAAAAUUGAAAUUUUUCAGGCAGUAGAUGUUUAUGAUGGUUGUGCUCUAGCAUUACACCUAUUACUUGGGUCCUGCUAGAUCAGGCACCCCUGAAGGCCAAGACCAUCCUUUCUCUGCCAAACCUUUCAGGAUAGGGAUCUGGCCCUGUGUGCUGACCCUUACAUCUUUACCAAGUCGUGCUGGCACACUCACCUAGGUGGGCUUGGAGACUGGGUUAUUAACUCGAGGGGAACCAGCAGUGGGGUACAGCAAGGAGCAACUUGAGGAAGAAGGGCAGUCAGUGGUGGCAGCAGCUCAAGGCCCAGAGGAUGAGUCUGUGAUUCAGUGUAAGUCCAGUUCAUGUUCCAUUGGUGGAGACCCUUGUGUAAGACUGUUGGAUUCCUCAGAGAGCAAUGUGUGAGCAUAUCACAGCCUGCUGCGACAAGGUGUUUGAUCUGCAUCUGUGUGGGGAGAUCAUGCGCACACAUGUGGAUGCAUAUAUAUAUAUAUAUACACACAGUGAGUGGUGCUUCAGUAAUUGUACCUAAAUUACAUUAAAAAAAUGUUUUACAGCUGUAUUUACAUGUUUUCUAAACACCUGUGAAGGCCCUCUUGGGUGGCACUGUUAAUUUUUGUACAAUAUGCAGUCUGCUUGUAUGA